GCUUUCAUUCUCCAACAACCGAGACAACAAGAGAAGCCAAAAGUAAAAGAUCAACAACAACUAAUAGUAACAAUGGCACAGGCACAAUCAGCGGCUAAUUUUGAUUACCAAGAUUUUGAUCCCUUUUUCGAAUGGUCUGAAGACGAAGGAAGUGCCACGCUCAUUGUAAUGCUGCCAGGAUUCACAAAGGAACAAUUAAGGGUUCAAGUGACUUCAACUCCUGUGCUAAGGAUCAAUGGUGAACGACAGAUCGUUGAGAACAAGCGGCGUCGUUUUUCUAGAGAAUUCUCCAUUCCCCCAUAUUGUGACACCAAUGAUGUGAGUGCUAAGUUUGAGGGUGGCGUCCUAAGCAUCAAGUUUCCAAAGCUCAUCACCCCUGCUGCUAGGUCUCAGCCACAGCCACAGGAAGCUCCAACAAUGACUCAGAAAGAGAAAGAACCAUCACAACAACAAGAUCAGGUUCAUAAGCAAGAGUCACUACAGAAAGAGAAAGAACCAAUAACUAGUGAUGAGAAAGAAGAGAACAAAACAGAAGAGUCGUCACCACAGAAAGAGAAUGAGCCAAUUAGUGAUGAUGACAAAGAAAAGGAUAACAAAACAGAAGAAGUAGUUGCUGAAAAGAAGGUGAGGACUAAUGGGGUGCCAGAGACAGCAAAAGAAUUAGGAACAACAACAACAACCUCAUCAAAACCAAAGAUAACCCAGAGACUGAAAACAAGGGUUUUAGAUUUCACUGUGAGUUUGAGAUCAGUAGAAGACCGGGAUAUUGUUAAGCAAGGGUUUGGAGGUAACAAGUGUGCAAAGCUAAUUAAGAGGCCAAAGAUAUGGAUGAACAUUUUUGUGGUCAUCUUAUUGGUUAUGGUGCUGGGGUUGUAUGUCAAAAAUGCUGCAUUCAUGUUAUCUCAUAAGGGAGGAUCAGAACUUCAGGAAUUCAAGGAAUUUUAAUUCCCAUAUAUGCGUAAUAUUCAUGCAUGUCAACGCAUGACUGAAUUCAAUAAAGGAGUAAAACAGCUGGUCUGAUCAUUGAACAAUUGGAUUCAAAAUAAUAGACCAGUUUUCCCUAUGUAAUUCUUUCUUUCUUUUUGAGAAAAUUUGAAAAGAAAAAAAAACACAAUGAUUUAUUUGAAUAAAGAUUGUUUAAAUUCUUCAUCAGA